CAGCAGGGAGCUUCCCUAUACCGACUGCGCUCACAUGGAUUCUAACAAGGAUGCACAACCAGCAAAGCAACAACCGAUGAUUUACAUUUGUGGAGAGUGCCAUACCGAAAAUGAAAUUAAGGCAAGGGAUCCAAUCCGAUGCCGAGAGUGUGGAUACAGGAUAAUGUACAAGAAAAGAACCAGAAGAUUGGUCGUGUUUGAUGUGCGUUGAGCGCAAUGUCAAGGAGAUGUCUGGAUUUCAAUGGCUGUCGACAGAAGUUAUGUUGUUUUUUUGUGUAUGCCAGAUGCGGUCCGUUAUUUUUCUUUCCUGUAUUUGCGUGAAUAAAAUUUUUGUUGUAAAUCUUGAAAAAAAAA